GAUACAUCGAUAUAAUAUCAACAACAAUCUAACUGGCAACAAAUACAACGCUGUGAUUGGUUUUGGUUUUAACUCUCCUUCAAGCUAACAAUUUUUGUUAACGAAAAAAAAAGCUGAAAAGAUGUCAAAGGCCGACCAGGACCCAAUUGGUUCGCUGAGCAUAAUGGAGCAAAUCAAGAUUCUGAUUAAGCCGCCGCCCAACGAGGACGAGAAAAUGGUGCAGCGUAACAGCAAUACGAAGCAUCCAUAUUAUAGGCGUCCCGGCCGCGGACAUAACCAUGAUUUAUGCGAUGCCUGUGAGGAGGGCGGCAAUUUGCUGUGCUGUGACCGCUGUCCCUCCAGCUUUCACUUGCAAUGCCAUGAUCCACCUCUUAGUGAGGAGGAUAUACCCAGUGGACAGUGGUUGUGCCAUAGCUGUCGCAUGGCUAAAGUUUCGCAGCCGGCCUGCUCAUCCAAAGCCAGCUCCGUAGAGCGUGUGCCCUCGGCGGGCAGCGGGUCACGUGCCAAUACGCCAUCAUCUGGCGAAUUGGAAUCCAUACCGCUCAAGAUACGUAACUUACGCAAGCGCAGCAAUAGUGAACGGAAUAGCACCGAGAAGUUACUAUCCAAAAUGCCACUGGCAAUACAGCGCGCCCUUGAUCCCAAUAGAAAGCCGACGCCAUUGGAUGAUGUUAUACGCGCCGCAUGUAUGCUUAAUCCCCAGCAGUUCUCGCUGCCACCCGAGCUCGAGCUGCAUACGCAGUUCCCCGGCAAUGGCAAGGUGCAGCCAGUACAACAGCCGCACAGUGCCGGAGCUGGGAAUGGGCAUGGGCAUGGGCAUCGUAAGCCCAGCAGCCAACGGCGCAGCUCCAAGCCAUUUGAGUUAGACUCCCAAGGGCUGGUCCCAUUGCCAGCUAAGACCUGCUUCUAUUGUACACGCAGCUGUAAGCGGGCGCCACUCAUCUCGUGUGACUAUUGUCCGCUGUAUUAUCACCAGGAUUGCCUGGACCCACCGUUGACCGCACUGCCCGCUGGCCUUUGGAUGUGCCCCAAUCAUGUCGAGAAUUUCAUAGAUGCCAACAUGACCAACAGCAUUUCAGCAACGGAGCGAGUACGCUUGUGGAAUCGUUUCCAUCAGCCCCUUGACCAUGAGAAUGUUAAGAUGGAGUUCUUCCGACGCGUCAAUACCAGGCAUCCGCCGUUCCGCAUGAAGUUGAACAUGCGCGCCCGCGCCCACAUCGAGGUGCCCGCCAUGGUCAAAUACCACUACGAGCAUCCUCCAGCGCUGCUGCCCUCCAUGCGGCAGACAUUGCGCUAUGAUCGUGUCAAGCGACGCAAGCAAUUGUCCACCGCCGUUGAGGAUAUAUCUAGGGAGAGCGUUACGGAGUCCUUGCUCAAGGAUCUGGAAGCAUUACGUUGUGCUCGUGCCAAAUUUCGUGAGAUUCAAAGGGAGCAUGGCAAUGUCGAACUCGAUGGCAUCAAUAGCGACAGCGAUACAGACACAAAUGGAGCCGAACAGCAGCAGCAGCAGCAGGGGAGCAACGGUGUCGCUGUCACACCCACAUUGACAGCAACAAAGCCGGAGACAGCUGAAGCAAAUGAGCACAAUGAGUGUUCCAAGCAACUGUCAGCGGCGGAGUCGGAAAAGCCAAACAACUGCAGUAACAACAGGGGACAUCUGGAAAUCAGCUACGAAGAUGACGAGGAUGAGUGCAAAUCAUCAAAUAUCAUCAUUGAUGCGGACCUCUGUCAUCUGGAUGUGGACAUUAUUAAAAAGCUGGCACACCAGCGACUGCAGCAGCUAAUCCUUGAGCAUCCAGAGAUUGUUACCCAGUACAAAAAUCGCACUGCCGCCCGAAGACUCCGUCAGCUAUCGGCAACGGCAUCGGCGAGUGGCAAUCAGAGCGCACUUCAAAGCGAUUUGGCGCCUGAGGACAUGCGACGCUUUUCGCUGCUGUUCACCAGUGAAACAUCCUCGAUACUUGCACAGAAGAAUGUCAAUGGCGCUGAUGAGGAUCCCAUGAUGGCGCUACAUCCGGCGCUUGCCACAGCCGCUGCCAUUGCGGCAGCAGAUGCUGCCGCUGAGAACUAUGCUCCCCGCGUCCGCAGCGAUACGGAGAAGGCUUACGAACUUGCCUCACGGCUCGAACUGAAGCUGAUGCAAUGUAAGGUGCGGGCACGAGCAGUGCUAACACCGCUCGGCGAUAUGCUGGAGGACAGCCGAUGGUUCACAUCGCUUGGGCUGGAUCACUCCAUUUUUAUGCGGUAUCGCACACUCUAUGUGGGUUAUGGUGGACACUACACACCAUCAACGACGCUGGCGCACACGGAAACGGUGGAUCUUUCGGCCAUUGGCUACUGUUCCCGUAUAUCGCCACAACACGCGAUUAUCUUUUACGAUGAGUUCUCGAAAUCGUAUGAGCUGAUCAACUACUCGGAGUUCGGCACCGAGGUCAAUGGCCAGCUCUAUACUUGCGAUCUAACCGAGUACACGGCCACGCACGCCGGCAAGCGGAUGCGACCUGAUGACGCGGAACUCAAGCGGCGAGUCGAUGAUCUGCUCGACAAGCGUCGCCACAUCCAACGUCAGUACGAGCCGAAGAGAGAAACGCAAGACAGACUGGCGCCAAUUGUAAAACCCGCCUGCCGAUGCCAAAUUGGACCCGAUGUGCCCAUGGUGCCGGGCGCUUGGGAGGGAUCCGCCGUACUUGCCCAUGGCAGCCUGUUGCGGUUUGGUUGUCUCUCCUUUGUGUUCUCAGUUCCGUCCACGGAUCUGAUGAAGGAACGACGCAACAAUGGACUGGCGCAGUAGUAACUGUUACCGUCACAUUCAUCCAAUUCUCGUACUCGUAUACUUCAACAAUACAUCAAUCAAGAAGCACCAAUCUCAGUGUGUGCGUUGCAUCACAAUGCAAUACAAGCAGGAAGGGAUAAUUCCAUCCCUUCCACCACAAUACAACACAACACAUACCCUAGAGUUAAAGAAGCUGGACACGAUUCAGAACGCCUGGCGUCAAUCAGAAAGAGACAAAGCGAUAACGUGUGAGAGGAGAGGAAAUGAGAGAUGAGAUAUGAAAUGUGGAGGACCACAAUCAACCCAACCAUUUGGUAACUGUUCAUAUUAACAUUGUGUGUGUUAUGUGGAACAUUUUUUUAUUACAUAUUUUUUAUUACUAGAUGUAUCCAUUUAAAUCCCCAUGGUUCUUUCUCAUUCGUCUGUAGAUACAUAUAUAAAGAUCAUAACAAAUAAAGUUGUAAGGAAAUGGAA